UGCUAUUCUGAUAACACUUCCUGCAUGUCAACACGUGCCCUCAUUAAAACCUUCUUUCAUUCUCAUAUCCCUCCAACCUUCUAAUUCUAUCUCAUAUUACGCGGCAAAUAUGUUCACUCGCAACUUAAUUCAGUUGCUACGCCAUACAAAGUACAUAGGUGUCCCUGUAGCUCGGUGUACUGAAGAUGCUACAUCUCUUCCAAAGUUUGAAAAAUGUUUGAACCAAGUAAAUUUGAUUGGUCGAAUUGGACGAGAUGCAGAAGCUCGUGGCUCAGAAAGCCAUCCUGUUAUUAUAUUAUCAUUGGCAACAAGCUUUGUUUAUGCUAAAUCUUCUGGAGAAACCAUAUCUAGGACAGAAUGGCACCGUGUCAGUGUGUUUAAAGCUGGACUUCGAGACAAAGUUGCUGCAUAUAUAAAGAAAGGAGACCGUGUGUUUGUGAGUGGUACUCUUCAGUAUAAUGAGUAUUGGGAUUCAGGCAGUGUACUACAGAAGUCUACUACAAUUAUUGCAAAUGAUAUAAUAAAUUUAACCAAAAAAUACUUGAAGGAUGAUGAAGAAUUGGAUAUGUGAUCUAAAACCAUGAACUCUUGUUUGGUUUAUUACAAAAAUUAGAAUUAUGUGCCUUAGCAAAACUUUAAAAAAAUAAACUACUAUAAUGAGCAAAUUUUCAUUAAUUGCUGAUAUCAAUAUUAACAUCAGUGAGAAAAGCAACACCAGGUAAAUAAUAAUUAUUAUUAUUGCACUUAACCAAGCAUAGGGCCAGAAAUUUUGCAGAAGUUGAUUAAAUCAGUCCCAGUACUUGAUUGGUACUGUAUUUUAUUGACCCUGAAAGAUAACAUUGACCUCAGCAGGAUUUGAACUUAAAAUGUAGAGCCAGAACAAAAUCUGUAAGGUAUUUUGUCUGAUACUUGUAAUAAUUAUGAUUUCUUUGUUAGGCUCAUAUCUAUGAAAAGAUUUUCUUCAUUUAAAAUGAAGUUAACAAUUAUGUAAAAAAAAAAAGGAAGCAUUUAUGAAACAAAAAAUUAAAAUCAAAACAAUGUUACAAAUUCAUUGGAUUCAAAUAAGUAAAAGAAAUUUAGUGUUUGUAGUUGUUAAGGAGACUUCCUAUCAUAGUUUCACACAACUAGUCUGUUUGUUCCUAUUCUUCCAUGUGAUAUUGGCCACUCUUAACUGUUUAAUCUAAAGAUAAUGAUAAUAAUAAUGAUGGAAACCAUACAACAAAACAGGAAGUGUUCUUAGAUAUGAGCUCACAACAUAAAUAGCAACAUUCAUUUAUCACUAUUUAUCUUGAGUAAACUGCAGCCAAUUUAUCUUUGAAUGACCUGUUUUCUUUAAUCAAACUGAUUAAAGAAAAUCAUUUGUAUAUGGAGCAUUAAAAAGCUUAAACUAAGAUUGACUAUGCAGUGAUAGAAAAAUAUCAAUUCUUAACUAAUGCUACUUCUAACACACAUAAAAAACAAGACAACUCUACAUCUGUUUCUGCCUGAUUGAGCAUCAUUAGCAAGUAUUCAGUCAAGCCAGAAGUUGAUAAUAUCUUAGCAAGUAGCUAAAUAAAUAUACAGAAAUGUUUAUUUGUUGGCUUAAAGAAAGAAAAUUUGUUGAAAAUUAAAAAAAUUCAAGUUCUUCUCCACAUCAUAAUGGGUGGAAGAAUAUUUAAUACAUGCAUUGUUUCAUGUAUUAUCUAACAUAUAGCUGGCAUAUCAGAAUUAAUUAAAGACAGUUAAUUUUUAAUUAUAAACUGGUUAAGUACAAUAGUCAAGAGAACAUAUUCAUAUUUGCUCCUACUGAGCCUUAUCAAAUUGGUUGUAGGUAGAAGAUUUAGUUUCCAUUAGACAAUAUGCAUGUGCAGAUAUGAUUUCUGAGUGAACUGGGGCACAUAAAAUUUAGUGCACUUACUAAAGAAAACCUUCAACAAAUAUGCUUACACAAGUAUAUGAAUACCUGUUGAGAAUUGUAUUACAAUAAUUAAUUUUAAACCUACUUUUAUAGUUUUCACUAAAUCUUGGAAAUAUUACUUACUAAGUGUUUGAUUAAAAAUGUAAUUAGGAAGUUUUGUUGAUAAAAUUUUUUAAACAUACAUUGGCUGAAUAUUCAAGGUGUUCCAUAGCUGAUUGAAAAAAAUAGUUCCAAAACAUGAACUCCAGUUGUUUUAGAGUUUGUUUAUAAAAUAUUUGUCUGAUGGUACUAUAUUCUUAAGACAUGCAGACUGCAUUUUAUUAUUGAAGGAAAUUAUAAUUUAUUUCCUUUAGAAAUGAAAACUUUUGUAUGAUACAAACUCUGAUAUAAAUAAAGACCUGGAAAACAAAAAUAUCUUGGGCAAUAAGGUUAUUAGGAGUUUGGGCUUCGUGGGUUUAUAUAACAGGUUUUAGAAAGUUAUUUGUUUUGAUAUGUUAUUUCCAGGUAGUUUUUAAAUCAUAAUUUAAACAUUAACUUUUUUCUUGCAAAAAAAGCAAUGAACUUUGUUUGACCAAAUUGAAACUUCUGCUUUUUUAAUACUUCUUUUCAGUGGACAAAUGAUUCCAUAAAUUGUAUAAAACUGGUAUUGUAAAAGCUGAAGCUUUGCUAUUAUAAAAUGCAUAUACAAUACCAAGUUAAUUAUAUGUGAAAUCAAAUCACAAUCUCUGGUAAUAAAACAUUUUUUAAAACAUUA